AGCCCGCAGUGCGCAUGCGCGGACACUUCCCCGCAGGUAAACUCCACCAUGGCGGCGAGAGGCCAUGUGCAGGACCCCAACGACCGCAGACUCAGACCCAUCUACGAUUACCUUGAUAAUGGCAACAAUAAAAUGGCGAUCCAGCAGGCAGAUAAACUUCUGAAGAAACACAAGGACCUGCACUGUGCCAAGGUCCUAAAGGCCAUCGGUCUUCAGCGGACAGGAAAGCAGGACGAAGCUUUCAGCUUGGCGCAGGAAGUGACCACUCUGGAGCCCACCGACGACAACUCUCUUCAAGCUCUGACUAUACUGUACCGGGAGAUGCAUCGUCCGGAGUUGGUCACUAAGCUGUACGAAGCUGCGGUGAAGAAGGUUCCUCUCAGCGAGGAGUAUCACUCACACCUCUUCAUGGCUUAUGCACGCGUGGGAGAGUACAAGAAGAUGCAGCAGGCAGGGAUGGCCUUGUAUAAAAUCGUCCCCAAGAACCCGUACUACUUCUGGUCCGUCAUGAGUCUGGUGAUGCAGGCAAUCUCGGCACAAGAUGAGAAGCUGGCCCAGACCAUGUUCUUGCCUCUCGCAGAGCGCAUGGUGGAGAAGAUGGUGAAAGAGGAGAAGAUUGAGGCUGAAGCCGAGGUGCAGCUGUAUUUCAUGAUCCUGGAGCGUUUGGGAAAGUGUGUUGAAGCUCUCGAGGUGAUCCGGGGUCCGCUGGGAGAGAAGCUGACGAGCGAGCUGCAGAGCAGAGAAAGUAAAUGUAUGGUUCUGUACCGGCGACUCCAACGCUGGCCCGAGUGCAACGCUUUGGCUCACAAGCUGCUGCUUAAGAAUCCUGAUGAUUGGCAGUUUUAUCCCUCCUACUUCGACUCUCUCUUCCACCUCAUCGAUCAGUCGUGGAGUCCACAAGAAGAAGGAGAACACUGCUCUGAGGGUGCGGUGCAUUACACUGUGGCUGAGGUGGUGAGGUUCGUGGAGGAGAGAAUCAAGGGGGAGGACGGUAAAGAGUCUCGUUCUCUCAGAGGCCCCUAUUUGGCCCGGCUCGAGUUAAUCCACAGACUGAGAGAGCGAGGAUGUCCCGAAGAGAGCCUACUGGGCGAACCUUUAGAACUGAUGGUGCAAUUUUUCAGCAAGUUUGGAGAUAAACCAUGCUGCAUCACUGACCUAAAAAUAUACCUGCAUCUGCUCUCUCCUGACCAGCCCGUUCAGUUCAUCAACCGCCUGAGUGAAAUGGUUGAGCUGGGGGAGCGAGGAGAGGAGGGUUACGUCUUCCCAGAGGACACGAAAGCAUUACAGCGGCAUCUGUGUGUCUGUCAGCUGACUCGAGCACUCGGGCUGCAUCACUCUCUCGACGUCAGUGGAAAACUGCGUGUCAUCGCGGAGCUCAAGGCUCACUAUCGUCAUGGGCUCAAGUUUGGGAAGAAUGCCCUGAAGACGGAGCUGCAGUUCUCAGAUAUGUAUUGUCUCAUGGCAGCACAUGUUUACUUUGACCUGUGGACGGACACGGGAGAUGAGGACAUGGUGUGGCAGUGUCUGGGUGUCCUGCAGGAGGGUCUGUCUAACAGUUCCUCCAACGCCCAGUUCAAGCUUCUGCUACUGCUGCUCUACUGCCGUCUGGGGGCCUUUGAGCCGGUGGUGGACCUUUACUCCAGCCUGGAUGCCAAGCACGUGCAGCACGACACCAUUGGGUUCCUGUUAACGCGCUACGCCGAGUCUCUGGGUCAGUUCGCCGCAGCUUCCCAGUCAUGUAACUUCUCCCUCAGGUUUUUCCACUCAAACCAGAAAGAUACCUCAGAGUACAUCAUUCAGGCGUACAAAUAUGGAGCAUUUGAGAAAAUCCCUGAGUUCAUCGCUCUCAGGAACAGGCUGAACCAGUCGCUGCACUUUGCUCAGGUCCGCACUGAGAGGAUGCUGCUGGAUCUGUUCCUGGAGGCAGACAUCGUGUUGAGUCUGGAGGAGAGCGUGAAGGCCAUGUCUUUGUCUGCAGAGGAAGACGACAUUCCCUGGGAUAAUUUAAGGGACAACAGGGACCUAACUGUAUUUACAAACUGGGAACCUAAAGAAAGACAGCUAACUGAUGAACAUAGACGCCAGUCUCUUGAGGAAGAGUCUGUGUGGCUGCGGAUACGCUCUCUAACGCUCCGUCUGCUCGCCUCGCUAGCUGCGCUGGGACACGCGCCCUCGCAGCAGAACUCUGAGAUGACCAACGAGAAUGGCGUCGGAGACAAGACUUCGGUCCUCAGCAGCUUGCUCACCCAGCUCAACCAGACUCUGCAGACGGCAGCGCAGAUGACAGAAAAACAACCACAGUUUCCAUUCCUGGGCCCCCUCUCCACUCGGCUGGCCUCGGCUCUGUCCAUCGGCAGCUGUCAGUGUCAGGCGGCAGCCCUGCAGCUCGCUGUCCACCUGCACGACCUGGAGACGGCUGGACUCGACGAGUCGUCGGAGCUUCAGACGCAGAUCUGUAACAGUUUCAAAUCAUUAGUAGUUCAGCUUCAAGAAAUACUGAAUAAAUGCAAAGGGGAUUUAUUGGAAAUGAAAGAGAGCAGUUUAAAAACCCAUCCCUCCUUAUUAGAAAACCUAAUCUUCUUUGUUGAGACGGUGAGCAUAGUGUUGUGGAUGGCUAGUUACUGUGCCAAGAUCCUCCGGCCACUCAAGACGAGUUUACAGAAGAAGAAAAAGAAGAAAAAGGAUGCAAACACAGCACUGCCAGUGGUGGUGUGCGGUUUCCAGGAGCUGACGGGGAGUUUGCAGGACCUGUUCGUCCAGGCCCUGGAGCACAUAAGGAUCCAAGAAGCCGCCGUGACGGCUCUGAGACUGGCCAGUUUAACAUUGGAGGGAAACACACAGGAGGAGGCGUCGUUUGCGAAGGCUGCUAUGGACAAGGUGCAGACUAGUUACCUGCGCUCGCUACAGGAGGUGGGAGAGCUCCUCAAGAAGAGAACAGAGACUAUAAAGACCCUUAAGAUCUGAACUCCAUCACAAACGCCAGACUUGGAUGACUGUACUCCCCUCCCCAUCAAGCCUCCCCAUCCUCCCAUCUGCCAUCGGCCCACCAGCUAACCUAAUCAACCCUUCGCCGUUUCCGACCUCUUUCCUGUUUUCAGCGUUCCUGAGCUCAGUCUGGAUUUCUGUCUGACCACACUUCUGGAACAUUUACAGCUCUCAUAGCACGUAAGCUUUUGAUUAACUCAUAGAUUUAUACAUCAAAUAUAAACAAAAAACAGGAUCCCACAAAGACGGGCUCCUUGAAAGAAAUCUAUCUAGACGAGAUUAGGAUAAACAAGCGCAGUUUUAGAGUCUAAUAACUGAUGUACAUAAUAAAGACCACAGCAGGCCGACUAAGUGAGAGUAUAAUACACAAUAAAAAUCACUUUUUCUGGAGAACAAUCACGGUGACACAAACCCUUUGAUCUCUGAGGAGGGCAUUUGUUCAGUUUGCUGGUUUUCCAGCUAUUUUCCUCUUGAAUCUGAUGCAUUCUGGAAAAACUGACACAUGGCCGCUAGCAGAGACUUUUGACUGGUGUUUCCCCUAGUUCUCUUUAUAAAAUUUUACUUUAUUUUGUGAAUGUUGUCGCUUUCAAAGUGGAAUCACCUCUGUAGUUGCAGUAUUAUAAAGAGAUGAGCUAAAUGACAGGAUGCCCCCCCCCUUCCUGUUAAACUUUGAGGUUUAACAAGGGGGGGUGGCGGCGGCUUAUGUUUUUUAUUGAAGUGGCGCUCGUAAAUGAGUCUCUUGUAGAAUACAGGCAUCUAUUAACGCUGGACUGACUAUGAUUAUUUAUCUUGCCGUGAAUGUUCACCAAAAACAGGCUGGUAAAAGUAACACACCACCGUGCGGUGAUGGAUACCCAUGUAUGUCGAGGUGUACUUAGAAAUGCAGAUUAGCCAGAUGCUUGUUUAGGCUUCGUAGACUUUCUGCUCUGGGACGGCUCUCCUGUCUCAAACCCUUAAAGAUGGACACACGUUGGACCUAACUGUAAAUAAAAACGGAGGAAGCCUUUACAGAGUACAGGUUGAAAGGACUCGUGUGUGUUUAAAAGCAGCUACAGUAGAAUACCAAUACAUCUGUCCCGCGUGGAUGUUCUCUUCAUUCCCACUUGAAUUCCACUCCCCGAAACUCGUAAGCUGAAACAUUCAUAGUUGCGUAGUUUCCAAACAUCACCGACGAGCACUGAUGGAUGACUGCAGGUCAAGUGCAACCACACUUGUUUCAUUGUUCGGCAGACUACAGUGAAAAUGUGGUCGACAACGUCCCCAAACCCUUCCUCUUAGGGCCUGUUCAGACUGCAGGCAAAAGUGUCCCAAAUCUGAUUUUAUUAGGGUCUUCGUCAGACUUCUUCAGGAGAAGUGUGAACACUCAAAUCUGGCCCAGAUCUGAUUUUUAUUUUUUUAAAUCAGAUCUGGGACAUGUCCAUAUGUGGUCCUGAAUCAGACCCUGGUCUGAUUUAUUUCAUUUUUUACAAUGUGGCUGCAGUGUGAACAGCCAAGGCGGAUUUUAUGCGACUUUUACGUCAAUCUAUGUCUACAUUUGUCACUGUUUAUCCCUCCCAUAGUCCCAAUCCCUUAUGCCUUUGCCCUCUUUGUUAUUGUUCUUCUGCGCAUGCGGGUCAGUUCUAAACCACAAACAGUUCACACUGGAAUCUCAUAUAGACCACAUUUUAAAAGUUAUGUGAACAGCCAAACAAAAAAAUCAGAUCUAAGGAAAAUAUCAGAAUUGAGCAUUAACACUUGCAGUGUGAACAGGGCUUAAGUCGUGUAUGUGCAAACGGUCACUUCCACAUCCGCUAAUAAAUGCCUUGUACUUUCGAGCCCAUCUGUCUGGGUGGAGUCAAGCGGCUGCAGAGACGUUUGUGACCUUACGACAUGUGUUGUUGGGGUUCAGAAUAACCGUCGACAAUCUGGACUGUCACGUCACCACCCUCUUUUGUUAGAAAACGGAAAACAGAAACACUGGAAUGUCAAAGCUUUUUUUUUGUUAAAUAAAAAGGGCAAAUGUGAGAA